UGAACAGGUUCACAGUUCUUGUUUGUGAAAAUACGAGUGUUUGUUAAUGGAAUCACUAAGAUUACUACGUUAGUUUUUAAUAAUUAAAUAAAAAUAAUGUGCAAAUAGAAUAAAGAGAACUAUGCAAAAUUUUCAUAUGAAUAUGGAUUUUCUGUUUGCACUUUUGCCAAACUCCAAUUUUGAAAUGACAAAUGAACAAUUGAUAUUGUGGCAGCAUAAUGCAAUUUUUGAAUGCGAAUGUGAUAAUUUCAUUAAUAGACGUAUUGAAGCCGAUCGCCAGGAGCGAGCGGCUAGCAGAAUUUUUGGUAAUUUUGAUGAGGCUGAUGCUAUUAAUGCAGCCAUUCAACAGCACGGUUUAAGAAGGCGAAGGAGAAGAGUCGAUGAUGAUAAUGAUGACGAUAAUGACAAUGACAACAACGAUAAUAAUGAUGUAUUAAACAAUGCCAUAAUAAUACCUCCACCUGCUAGACGGCCUAGAGUAAGACCAUUGUAUUACGAGGUCUAUGAGGAUGCCGUAGCGGAAGCCAUAAGGGAGAGAGGCUUAGUAUUAAGAGGCGUUCCAUAAGGAAAUACCCAGAAACGAAAAAUUACAUAUUUGUUUUACUUUUUAGUAUGUAGUGUGCAAUAGUUUUGAAAUUCAUCGAAGUUAUUUUUUAAUCAAUUUGGAUUCAUUACAAAGAAAUAUGUAAACAAAUUAGGCGUGCAUUUUAGUAUGUUUACUUAUAAAAGUAAAAGUCCAUGCCAUACUUUUAAUAGAUUUCUUUAUGCCAGUAUAUAACCAAUUCAUCGGCUUCAUAUUCCGGAAAUAAGCUUGGAUUGACAUUGUAAUAAUUGUUUUUGCAGUAAAAGAACUAUUUCUUGUUUGUUUUGCAUUAACAAUAAAUUUUGCAAGAGGUUAUGUCAGCUUUAAAAUGCUUUUCCUAUAUUGCUAUUGUUUUAAUAAACUUUUUUGUUUAAUUCUAGAAUCCAUUUGUUUUGAGAAAUUUAUAUUUUGAUUUCAACUACAUAGUAAUAUAAUCGUAUUGGUAUAUUCGACGAGUAAUUAUAAUCUAAAAUCAAUUAGAUUAAAUUUGUCCUAUUACCAUUUUAGAUAUAAUUUAAAAAUCGAAUAAUUAAAACAUAUAUUUAUGCUUUUUGUACCAUAAGCAUUUUAGGUAUAGAUAUUAGAUUUAAAAAUAUAUAAUCUAAAAAACUAUAUGUGAUUUUUUCAAUAAAAAACGCAUUUUAUAUGGUAA